AUGGUAUCUCCAGACUCAAACAAUGAGCCCUCGAAUAGACCUCAUUACAGCGGGCAGCAUCCUCCACCCCCCGCCGUCCCUUCGUCAGCUCAUUACGAUUACUCGCAGCAACAGCAGCCGCAGCCGCAGCAUUAUCCACAGCAGAUCCAACAGCUAAAUACGCCUUAUGGGCCAGGUCACGAGAGGGUGCAAAGUCGCCCUUACGACGGCCCACAGCAGUAUCGACCAGAGCGGCCUCCAGGCAUGGAUUCACCUGGAUCAAGACCACCGGCGUUGGUGCCGCCCAUUUUGUCCAUUUCGGCGUCCACACCCUUGGCUGGAGAAUCGCCACAGCCACCACAGUACUUUGUCCCGACUCACAAACCAAACCCGCCAAUUUUGCCGCCCCCUUCAGGACUCAACUUGUCGUCGUACAGCUUUUUGUUAAUGGAGAAGAGGGAUCGCGAAAGGGAGGCAUUGGAAAGAGCGAAUCAGGGAUACCUCAAAGGCGUCGCGUCGUCGAGCAGGGUCGAGCCAGGAUCGUCUGGGUCUCCUCUCCAGCCAGCCGCCAAGGUUCCAGACCCAAAGAGAGACGAUUCGUACUACAAUCGUCAUGGUGGAUCAGCCAACUACCCGCACCAUCCCUCUGAAGGAUCGUACGGCUACUCCCAUCAUCCAGAAGCGUCUGGUUGCUAUGACCACCCACUCCAUGGCUACGAUGGUCCACCACAGCACUACUCUUCUGGAUCAUUUCAAUCGCAGCCUUAUGGGCCACCUCCACCAGGUCACCACUACCACAGUAGCAGCAGUGCACACUUUGGACAGGAUCCGGUGUAUGGACGACCACAACAGGAUUAUGCACCCGAACCGCAAGGACCUGCUCCCUACCCGAAUCAACCUCUGCAGUACAGCUCUCUCCACCAUCGCGCCAUGAGUCCCAACCUCCUGGACAAGCCUCGAUUCAACAAUGCCAACCUGUCUGUCUUCAGGCAGAGUGCGGCUGAGGACAGUGACGGCAAUGCUAGUGUAUCCUCUAGCGGAAGCCACAAGCGACGACGAAGACCCAAGAACAUCAGCGACGGGAAGAAAUCGCUCUUGCCCGGGUCAACACUUGGAACAGGCGGUGGCCUGGGCCUGUAUCUCACAUCCAGGAACUCGUCUCAUGGAUCGAUCGAUGGUCAGGAGGAAUUUUAUGACGAUGAUUCGGAUGACCAGCUGGAUGUCCGCAAUGGUCUCCAGGGUCUCAAUCUCCAAAAAUCGAACAAGCCAUCAGGUGAUCGGUCCAAGAAGUCACGGACAAAGAGCGAGAGACCCUUCAAGAUUGGAGAGCUGGUUGAGUCGAUGAAGUCGGACACCAACGGCACCUGGUUCGCAGGACGAGUUCUUGAUUUGGAGGAUGACCCACACGACCAUAUCAACCCCAAGUCAGUCCUGGUCCACUUUGAGGGAUUUUCGCCUCACCACGACGAAUGGGUCAAGCCCAGCCAACUUCGCGCCUGUUCAACCAGCAGCAGUUUCCUUCGGUAUGGGCCUAAUGGGCACGAACCCCAGGAGAACUGGGUCUCGUAUGAAAAGUUUUAUCACUCUGAGCUGGGUCGCACUGCUCGUCGACACACAGGACUUGCUUACGACCGCAGGAUGCUCUUGCACAAAUGCCAGUGUAAUACCAACCCGGAGGAGCGCCACCAUCCUGAGCAGCCAGAGCGUCUGGUCGAAAUCUUGGGUCAGUUCCAAAAGAAUGGUAUGCUGAGUCUGGUCAAGUGGAUCCAAGGGCGUGAGGCGACCAUCGAGGAGCUGAUUGCGGCCCAUACCGACACUCAUGUCCGGAACUACUGCUGCACAGCCGCUCAAAACCGACAGUAUGCGUUAGAGAAUGGACUCGAGGAUUCGGGACUGCAGAUGGAGGACGAGAUCGAGGAGGACAUUGAUGCACAAGCUGAGGAUGAAGGUGACGAAGGAGACGAAGAGGAGGAAGAGGAAGAGGACGAUGAUGAGGAGGAGGACAAAGAAGUGGAGGUUGUCAAGAAGCCUGCCAAGCGCGGACGACCAAGAAAGGCAUCAAGAGGAAACAUCCUAGUUCCUACGACAAGAUCGAGCGCAGCGAGUGCACCAACCGCGACAGGGGCGCUGACGGCUGAACCUGCUUCUGAGGAUACUGACAUGGCCCCAGCAGGAUCCCCGACGGACGGCACGGCCAAGGACAAGGACAAGGAUGCGAUGGAGGUCGAUCUGCAUUCGCCCGCUCUUGGGCGUAGACGCUCCAGCAUGCGAGGAUCGGUUGUCCGGAUGUCGUCACUUGUCAGUAUGUCCUCGACACUAUAUGCCCAGCGAGAGGAGGAUAUGGUGCCUGAUGACAUCAAGGCGGCAGCACUGGCACCUGAGGACGACGAUGACGACGACGACAAGCCAGACCAGGUGGGUCCUCCUCCUAGUGAGGCUGCUCUGGCUGUUGCUGGUGGCAUGGAUCCAUCUCUGGCGAGCCAGCUGCCUCAAAGGAUACCCAAAUUAGAGGAAUGGGACGAGAACAAGCCUGCGAUGUCUCUUUUGGCAGGCGAAAAGCGCAUCUCUCCUUUGGAUGUCGAUGUCGAGGCAGAGGCUACAGGCGAGGCGGCUGCAGAGAAGCCGAAACUCGAGGACGGAAUCUCGACUGAGAAUGUCAUUGACAGCGAGAGGCGAACGUCGCGGAGCAUGCAGGGGCAAUCUGGAACUGUGGCCACACAGGAAAUCGCCGAUACAUCAGUGGUCAAAAAGUCGGACGCGGAAUCUGGACCUGCAGAAACGGCAGCCGAGGAAACGAAGGAUGAUGCAGAGACUGAUGCCAAGGACGAUGAAAAGAAUGCCCAGGACAAGUCUGGUGACAAGUCGGGGCAGAAGGACUCCAAGAUGGUUACAAAGAAGAAGGGCCACCAAGCAGUCUCUCCUGCGCCUAUGCCCACCGGCGACUCCGUCAUUAUCCGCCCUCCAGGGCUCACGUUUACCAUGAGUUGUGGACAACUGGGUAUUGCUGUCGACACAACCUGGAACCCGUUCCACUCCAGCACGGCAGCCAAGGUUGCAGCAGGAUCUCUGAUCACAUUGGUCGAUCAGGUUGUUACGGGACGGUGCAAGAACGGCUUUGCCAUCAUUCGACCUCCAGGACAUCACGCCGAAGAAGAUGAGGCCAUGGGAUUCUGUUUCUUCAACAAUGUCGGAGUUGCUGUGAACCUGACCCUGUCGAGGUAUCCGCUGACCGUGCAAAAGAUCCUCAUCAUCGACUGGGACGUCCACCACGGAAACGGCACACAACAGAUCUUUUACGAAAACCCCAACGUCUUGUACAUAUCACUCCAUCGUUGGGACAAUGGCCAUUUCUAUCCUUUCACUGGCGCACCCGAUGAGUGUGGAGAAGAAGCUGGCGAGGGCACUAACGUCAACAUUGCUUGGUCUUCCUACGGCAGAGGACAAGCGAUGGGAGAUGUGGAGUAUAUUGCGGCAUUUUGGUAUGUCCUGCUGCCUAUUGCCAGGCAGUUUGGACCAGAUCUGGUGAUGGUCUCUGCUGGGUUCGAUGCUGCCGAUGGACACGCCGCCAAUAUUGGUGGAUACACGGUAUCACCGCAAGGAUUCGCGAUUUUGACGCGUCUGGUCCAGACACUAGCAGGAGGACGUGUGAUCCUGUCUCUGGAAGGAGGAUACGAGUUUGAACCGCUCGCACUCUCAGCAACAGCAUGUUUGGAAGAACUGUUACCACACUCCCUCCUCCCAGCCACAGCGCCCACACGCGCAUUCCCCUUUGCCUCGUUCCAGGGAACGUUGAACAGUGUGAAACCGAACGCGAUGGCUGUCUCGUCCUUACACCAGGUGUUGAAGUAUCAACAAAAGUACUGGAAUUUCCCGGCAGAGGUUUUGAACCCUAGUUUCCGGUUCCAGUUGCCCGCCGAGUGGAAGGCGAGUAAUAGUCUUGCGACGCGGCCGAGGAGGGAGAGGAAUACGCGGAGGAAGGGUGCUGCUGCUGCUGCUGCUGCCGAGUGA